AGUGCAUCGACGAGCCCGCCGUUUAAACACUGUAUGAAGGUCAUCACCGCGGGCCAGCUAGCCAAGCUCCUACCUACUGUACAAACCUACGUAUGUUAUCAGUCCAGACAACUCUAAGCUUCCAUCGUUUCAACGCGGCCGACCUCACACUGCCACUUUUGUGAUAUAUCCCUGCGAACCCUCCCGAUUCACUUCUAUACGAUCGCUGUAGGCUCGCUGACGAGAGAAACGAGCUAGGAUGUCGGGCGCCGGAGACAGGGAAGCUGUCUUCCCGACAAGACAGUCGUUGGGUAUCAUGAAGGCGAAGCUAAAGGGAGCUGAAACCGGCCACAGCUUGCUCAAGCGCAAGAGCGAGGCACUGACUAAGCGCUUUCGAGAAAUCACACGCCGAAUCGAUGAGGCAAAACGAAAGAUGGGUCGCGUCAUGCAGAUCGCUGCUUUCUCCCUCGCCGAGGUCACAUAUGCCGUUGGCGGUGAUAUCGGCUACCAAGUGCAGGAAUCCGCAAAGUCCGCACGCUUUAGAUUACGGACAAAGCAAGAGAACGUCUCCGGUGUUUUCCUGCCGGCUUUCGAGAGCUACCUUACAGACGGCAACAACGACUUUGGCCUGACUGGUCUGGGAAAGGGUGGUCAACAGGUUCAGAGGUGUCGAGAGACAUAUGCUCGUGCUGUAGAGACACUUGUUGAAUUAGCAAGUCUGCAGACUGCUUUCGUCAUUCUAGACGAGGUGAUCAAGGUUGUGAAUCGAAGAGUCAAUGCCAUUGAGCAUGUUAUUAUACCAAGAACCGAAAAUACCAUCAAAUAUAUCAACUCCGAGCUUGAUGAGCUAGACAGAGAAGAGUUCUAUAGACUCAAGAAGGUUGCUGGAAAGAAACAAAGAGAUACUGCGGCUGCGGACGCCGAAAUGAAGGCCAAGAAGGCCGCUGCAGCUGCUGCGAAAUCAGGCCAAGAGAACAUCGAACCAGAAGAUGAUUCCGCACCGGCUGAUCUGCUAGCAACAGGCGAAGACGAUGAUGUCAUUUUCUAGAUUACGGUAUUAUACACGUCAAACAAGCGCCCUGAUGUGGGGAAUAGCCAAGGGAAUCAAAGCGGAUGUCUGCUUCUACGCGUGUAUUGACAUACUUAUGGGACAGGCGUAUCAUGGUCAAUCAUUCCAAUUCAUAACUAAUAUCGACAAAAUCUGACUGGACUCAAAACCCGCUUUCCGAACCAGAAAUCACUUGCAUUGUAGGUCACCGGCUGUACCAUAACUUGUCACCGUGAGUCAUAGCUUUGUGUAUGUAAUACCGUAGACCAAGCAUGAUUCGCCCUUCCAUUUCAUCGGCAGGGGGUAGUAGUGUCUUUGGAGACUAGGUAAACUGCAGAGAUUGCUGAGCUGAGACCGUACUUCAACUAAUAGUAUAUAAUCCGACAUACAAAUGUAUAUCACGCAACUCGAAAGGGGAAAGCAAAUUGGAAACAAGGGA